GGAGGCGGAGCGGAAACGGAGAGCGGAGUCUCCGGGCGCUGAGCGCUCUCGGUCCUACCUCCAUCCUGGCCCCGAGGCUGUUGCGGCGCCGCGCGGCGGGCUGUGGCUGCAGCUCCGGCUCGCGAGCCCCGCGGCGGCGGCCGGCGUGAUUGACGGGCAGGCGGCGGGCCAGCUAUGUGGGAGCAGAGGCAGCUGAAGAUGGAUGGACACCACUAGACAGCGCUUCCUCUUUCCUCUCAAAAGUCUUCGCUGUUGGCUGGCUUGUUUCCAGUUACUGCUUCUCAAUCAAGACUGUUUGCUUCAUCAGAAAUGUUUUUUACAAUCUCAAGAAAAAAUAUGUCGCAGAAACUGAGCUUCCUGUUGCUGGUGUUCGGACUCAUCUGGGGGCUGAUGUUACUUCACUAUACUUUUCAACAGCCGCGACAUCAGAGUAGCGUCAAGCUCCGUGAGCAAAUCCUCGAUUUAAGCAAAAGAUACGUGAAAGCCCUGGCAGAGGAGAGCAAGAGCAUGGUGGACGUGGACAGCGGUGCGUCCAUGGCGGGCUAUGCCGAUCUGAAGAGAACAAUCGCGGUCCUCCUGGAUGACAUUUUGCAGCGCUUGGUGAAGCUGGAGAACAAGGUGGACUAUAUUGUUGUGAAUGGCUCAGCAGCCAACACUACCAAUGGCACCAGUGGGAACCUGGUGCCGGUGACCACCAACAAAAGGACGAGUGUGUCGGGCAGCGUCAGAUAGCAGAGAUGGCCACCUUGCGCGGCUACGCCACUGUGGACCACCCCCUCCUCGGGACACCUCUCAAACGGGUGCCUAGGGCAGGGGAACACCGGACAAUAAACGCUGUACACAUUUCCAAGGAGCUCUCUGGACUCGUAGGACGCUACUUCUGUACAUAAAAUCCCAGGCAUUGUUAGUCUGCUCCCGCACAAAGCGCUUCAAAAGCCGUUCCGCACACCUCACAGGCAUCUGGCAACACAGUUGACAGUGGUAAUCAGGGAGGUCAUCUUUGCACAGAGAUCAAGAAACAAAAGCACUAGAAGGACAUGGCGUCCGUUCUGUAAAUACUUGUUUAAGUAUAUAACAUGUUUUUCAGAUGAGGACCAUAAGUUACUGGACCAUUGUGUCAUCCGCCCUCGCGGUGCCUCUGUGAAUGGGAAACAUGCUUAUUUCCUGUACCAUAUUUUGUCAUGCACAUUAUGAGCAGAGAGAAAGGAAGUGUCAUGUUGAAAAGCAUGUUUUGAAGAAGACCCAAAGAAUGUUCUCAUUUGCACUACCCUUCAAAAUACCUGAAGGUUAAUUGUAUAUUUUUAAAAAAAGCAUUUGUAAGAAUAUAAUUUUGAAAUGGGUAGCAGCCACUGUCCAUAGCCUAACCAUUGGGGACAAUUUAAUAGAGAUGAGAGUAAUCUCUAAUCUCAUACUGUAAAAUUUCUUACAUAUAUUCUGCAGAAUAAUACAUAUUUUUAUGAUGAAAUGAAAAAUAAAGUGCAUGAUUUUUCAAAAUCAGGGUUAUUGAUUUGAAAAUAAAUCCUAGUGUCAUAUGCCUGUAGCCAUGGAUACUCAGGAGGCUGAGACAGGAGAAUUGCAAGUUCAAUGCCAGCCUGGGCAGCAGAGCAGGCCCUAUCUAAAAAACAGGAAAAAACAAACAAACAAACAAACAAAAAACAAUGUUGAGCCCACUGAUUGUUUCUACUAUUAGGAAAGUCAAUCAUUUUCAUACUUUGGUAAGCGUUGCUUUGGUUGUGUUGGUGGGGGAAGGAAAGGACUUGACUUUAGGCAGAUGUAUAUAGUAAUGUAUUUGUGCUGCACAGAACUGCUUGGAAAACAUUCAUGUUAGUUGAUGUUAUGUAACAGUAUAUUGUGUUAGGAGGGGGCAGGUUAGCUAUUCCUACAUAAUGACCACUUUAUAAAAUUAAGAACAUUAAAAUAUAAAUUUUGAAGAUUAUCUUUUUAGGGAAACAGCUACUGUAUACAGCACAAGAAAUUUUAACUUGGUUAAUUCUGAUAUAGAACAAAAACAUGUCUUUAUUUAAAUACAAUUCGUAGCAAAUCCAAUUGCUAUAUAGUAUUCUAUAUUUUGUAGUAUUUAUUCUAUAUAAUAACUGCUUGAGUGCAGCUAGCCUCUAGAUUUAGACUAAAUUGAAUUUAGUUUUUAAUAUUGUUCAUUAUUAUAAUGCUACCACAAGCAGUAGCAAUGAUUAUGAUAUUUUGUUAAAAUAAGUAUAAGAAUAUAUUGUUUCAUUGAAAGAUAGCUCUCUGAACUGUCUUCCCUGUACCUUUAUGUGAAGAAAUGAUGUCCCAUUGCCAGGUAGAUUCUGCAGCACCUCUUCAGGCUCUGAUGAAUCAUGAACAUCUCUGAUUGUCAUUGUUUUCAGGGAUGAAAUAAAAUAUUUUGUUUGUAUUCACAA